AUGAACUCUACACCCGCUCCUCCUGCCGGUGCUGCCAACCAACCUGUCAGCCCUGCUACUUCAACUGUUGGCAAUACUGCCGGUACGCCCGCCAAUGCUACCGCGCCACCUGGUCGUACCCUUGCAAGCCUUGAGUUUGCUGUCACAACCCUCUUUCAAGAGCCCCUAGACAGCCCACUCAUGCGUGCUCUUCGUCGCAAUGGAUGCUUGCACUUCAUGCACCUCCUCUCUUACAACGAGAAUGAGCUCCUUGCAUUGAAGUACGAUGCACCCGUCAUCGACCAAUACGGGGUGGAUACUGGCCAAACUCAGCUUACCCAGCUUGAGCGGCCCCAUCGUGGUACUGUUCGGGCCUUACUUGGGUAUGCUUAUCUUCGUCAAAACGUCCAUUGCGAUCCAAUCACCCCGAUCAAUUGCAUGCACAUUGACGUCCAAGCAUUCCUAAAUUAUCAAUGUAGUGGUGAUUUUAUAGUUUUUAAUAACUCUUCUUUACCACAACCUCUUGUAUCUAAGCCUGAUCAUCGUACACCCGCUGAUUCGUUCCAGAAGAGCUUGAAACUCGAUCCCGACACAUACCCAACUCUCAACACUGAUGAAGAGUGGGACAGCUUCCAUCGAACCUUUUGUUCCACCGCACGCGUCCAUGACACACUGAAUGUCUUGGACCACUCCUAUGUGCCCAAAUCCGUGGACGAACGGGACCUCUUCCAGAAACAGCAGGCCUUCAUGUACACCAUCUUCCUCCACAAAUUGCAGACCAACACUAACAAAUCUUUGGUGCGCAAGUACCAAGUCAACUUCGAUGCCCAGCAGAUCUGGGCUGAGCUCUCCAAUCACUGUACUACAUCUGCAGUGGCCGAUAUGCAAGCUAGUGAUUUGAUGACUUGGCUGACUACCAAGAGACUUGUCAAAUCGGACUGGACAGGCAAACAUUAUGCCUUUGUCCUCUAUUGGCUGGAGCAGGCUUGUACCUACAACGAAGUUGCUACUGACAAAAUGGCAGACUCUCAGCUUCGCAUCCUGCUUCGAAAUGCUGUCCAACCGACUACGUGUCUGCGACAGCUCCAGAAUAAUUCUAGACUCUUGUCCGCGCAGACCGGUAAGUCGUUGACCUACCUCCAGUACAUCGAGCUUGUCAAACAAACGGCUCUGCAACACGACAAAGCCAUGGAAGGCAAGACCACUCCCUCUGGCAAUCGUCAAGCACUGCUCCGUGAUAGUUACAAUCAAGAUCAUGAUUAUAUCAAUGAUUACGCUACUCCUGAUUUUGACUUGGACACUGAUCGCCGUACUAUCGAAGCCUUCCAAGCUUCUUCUCGUCGCCCCACACGUCCUAGACUUGACAAUGCUACCUGGCAGCAACUGGAUGACCAAGCUCGUCGUGCCUGGCACCAACUCCCAGACGCGGCCAAGGCCAUCAUCCUCAAAGGCACGUCCUCCAACCCACCACCUGGCCCCUGCGCAGCGUGA